CCAAUCACUCGCCUCUGACCUCCAAACUCUAAGCUCUCGUGGUACCAAACAUCCCCUCUUUGUUCAAUCGUUCGUACGAUCAAGAGACGAGACCAACGCUUUGGCAUCGAAACUCGUGCCUCGUGACCACCGCGUGGUGCCAUUCGAAUCCAUCUUCGCCGAGGAUCUCCCUAUCGUCGAGAAUCACCGUUAAAUUGGCUUCCACGAUUUGAAAAAAUAAUCGAAAACCGUUCUCCCUUUCGUACGUGACAGAACGAUUUAACUUAUUUCUUCGAUUCGCGAUAUCUUCCUCUCUUCGUAGACAUGGCAACGGCUGUAAUUUUCAUUCAACGAUGUAUGAUCAUUGUCGCCAUCCUACUCUGUUAUUUUCACGUUCAGAGCGAAAGCGUGAAUUGCGAAUUGUAUCCAUUCCAUCAUACUUGUAGAGGUACAAUGUCGAGGAAACGUGCUAUGUUCCCAAUUAUGUACGGAUCAGGAUGCGAGGAAAGUAAAGGAAAUAUAAAUUGUAUCAAAGAAUUUGAAGAAAAACAUCAUAUUGCCUAUAUUCCGUUAUCGAAGUCAAAACUCUUAAUCGCUUUGCUUGAUGAUGAUUUACGAAAGGAUAUUACGCGAUCAAUCCGCCAUAAAUUAAGGAACGAUGAAAUGAUUAAACAAAAUUCAGCUUUAAUGGAAAACUUUUUAUCGCAAUUGGAUUCUUCGGACAAUUAUUGAAUGAAAUGGUCAGGAAAUACAUAUUUUCUCGGCUCUUGCAACCAUUUUUCAUCAUUCAAACUUUCAAAAAUGUAUAAAAGCAUAUAUGUUUAAAUCUUCGUUGUCUUCCUUUCUCCUCUUCACUCUCCCUCUCCCUAAAUAUACAAAAUAAAAUCCUUUCAUCAAUUCUAUUUUUUUCAUUUUUUUUUUUAAAUCUUACUUUUUUAUCUUUUUAUCUUUUCCUUUAAUCCAAAUAAUUAUUAUUGCUUUUUCGGUGUCCCUCUGAACAGGAUUACAAUUAAAAUAUUGUAUGUUACUAACAAUACACACGUGUUGCAGCAUAAAAAGGUACAUUUGAAAUUCGAAGUAAUUCCUUGGAUUGUCCUAUUAAAAAAAAAAAA